CAUCGCUUGCCCACUAAACGACAUCGCUGAGCCAGUCGGGAGCUUGCAUCAUACCUACCUACCGACUACCUGCCUGACUCUAUCUAUCAGCCUUCCAACUAUCAACUUGGCGACAACUUGACUUGAGCGAGCCGCGGGUGUUCCUCGCAUGAUAUAGGAAUAACUGGCAACUUCGCCUAUCAGUACGCCUUCGCUAAAUUCACGGCCCGUUGACGACGACGAGUGCCCGCUUGUUUCCCGUUUCGGUACCCCGCCAUCAAACUUCGGUCGAGUGCCACGCAACCCCGGAAUACGGCUGCCUUCGAACGAUCGCUGCCUGCGCACAACCUCUUAAACGACCGGAACCCUUUCGAUCUAACCGACUCAUACUACCAACCCCAAAACUUUAGCAAAUUCCAUCAUGUCUGGCGUCUGGGGCUGGUUUGGCGGUGGCGGCGGCGCCAAGAAGAAGAACGAUGCCAAAGAUGCAAUCCUCGGCCUUAGGGUCCAGCUUGAUAUGCUGCAAAAGAGAGAGAAGCAUCUCCAGACGCUGAUGGAUGAACAAGAUACUAUUGCAAGGAAGAAUGUCAACACAAACAAGAACGCUGCAAAGGCUGCCUUACGUCGCAAGAAGGGCCAUGAACACAGCCUCGAACAGACCAUUUCGCAAAUCACAACACUCGAGUCACAAAUCAACGCUAUCGAAUCGGCGAAUAUCAACCGCGAGACGCUCUUGGCAAUGGAGAAGGCUGGCCAGGCCAUGAAGGGUAUUCACGGCAAGCUCACGGUUGACAAGGUGGACCAGACAAUGGAGGAUCUCCGCGAACAGAAUGCGCUUAGCGAGGAAAUCGUCAACGCCAUCACAACGGGCCAGACCGACAAUAUCAUCGAUGAGGACCUUGAGGAUGAGCUGGAUCAAAUGCAGCAGGAGGCUCUGGACGAGCAAAUGGUGGGCACUGGCACGGUACCUGUGUCAGACCGCGUCCACCAGAUGCCUGCCGCCGCAAACGGACCGAUCAAAGGCAAGGCGCAAGCUGUCGAAGAGGACGACGAAGAGGCCGAGCUUCGCAAGUUGCAAGCGGAGAUGGCUAUGUAAGGAUGUCGGGCGUGAGGCGAUCCUGCGGGGAUGGCCGAGAACGAUGGCAUAGCAUUCCUGGUUCGGGAUGGAGCUUCUAGAGGCUUUGCAUGAGAAUUGCGGCGCGAUGGGAUAAGCAGGUCGAAUACCGCAGCUGCCCAGAGGAGUGGAUACUGCACGACACACUCGAUAUACACGAACAUGCCCACCACCAACGACGACUACGUCUUCGACGCGGCCCUCGUCCACAUGUUUCUCAGCUACCUGCCCCUCUUUCUCAGACCUGUCUACUGGCGUUGGCGUUUGGGGUUACGUGGGUGCCAUGAGUGCCAUUCGAUAGGAAUCUCGCGGUUGUGGAGGCUGAUGGGAGGGAGUUUGACGAGCUUUUCUGGUUUGCUGGAGUGGCACUUUUUACAGUCUCCGAGUACUACGUACACCUUACUUUUUUCAUAGAAGACAUAUUGAUUGUUGUUAAGAAG